AUGUCACUCAUUCCGGUACUCGUUCUAUACUUUGUCACAUCCGUGACUUCAAACAAUUCAAUGAUCGUUGUUUGGGGUAAACCAACCAAAUUUUUCAACCCAACUCCUUACCUGAAUUCAACUUUGAACUGGCAGCAGUGUAUACGAGAAUGCUAUAACUUUGAAAGAUGCGUUUUGUCAUUUCAAAAUUCAAGUGGAUGUAAUUUAUACGUAUAUAAUGCAUUACCAGCAAUACAAAAAUUGAAUUCUUCACAAGGACUUCAGGUUGCGUUCAAAAUUCAAAACUCUAAUGACGAGUGUCCAGUUGGAACGAAUGCACCUACUUUCAAUAACAAAAACGCUUCGUUACUCUGGACGAAUACGACAACUGGUGGAUUCCAAAAUAAGAGUUCUUCCACGUGUAAAUCAUUUGGUGGCACUCUUCCGACUCUGAACGAUCCAACGGAUAUAGGUGCCUUUACAUGGAUAACAGAACUGCAGAAAGGGUAUUUCAAAUCAUCUCAAUUCUUUGUUAGAAUUGAUGGAGUAAGGAAACCAGCGUGUCAAUCUAAUCCAACAACUCCAACUUGUAUGACUCCAGCUGGAUUCACUUUCACUGAUCCUCAUUUUGAUGGAAAUUUUGAUAAUUACAAUUGGACAACAAAUGCCGGUGCAAAAGUUGCAGAUGAUGACAAUUGUCUGGUUCUAGUUUACCCAAAUACAACUACGUAUAUGAAGGCAGACGUCAAAAGGCAUUGA